CGUCCGCUCACCAUGCAGCCCACAAAACGGCCACGCACCUCGAUGAGUAGCCAGGUGGAGGGUCCAUUUAACUGCCAGUUGUGUGAAAAGUCCUUUUCGCGAAUUGAGAAUCUGACUCGGCACGCUGAGAACCACAAGCCUAGUGCGAGAUUCUCGUGCGCAGUAUGCGCUAAACGUUUCACGCGGAGCGAUAUUCUGAAACGCCAUAUGAAGCUCCAUGGCACAAAUCAAGACCAGCAACCGCGGCCUUCCAGCGGCGCGACAUCGCCGACGGCACCGCAUUUGCUCACCGAAAUUGCCCGGUCUCAAUCCCAUCAUACUCCAGAUAACGAUGCUCUGGAAGGCGAUUCUCGCGUACAGGCUCCCUGGCCCGACCAGCAUGCACCUCGGAUCAGCCAGGACAAUUUCGGUACAGCGCCAUCUGCAGUCUAUGACUCUCCACUGAGCCAUCCAUCAUCGUAUCCAUCCUUGAGUGAAGGGCAUUAUGGUGUCUAUGGUGAAGGGACUUUUGACGCAGAUCUCGCAUGGAUUCUGGAUAUGCCUCCUCCGGACUUGAUGUCGGCCCCCGCGCCUGCUCCAGAGUAUCCCUCGCAUAUCAACCCAGCAUCUAUCCACGCAAUAGUUACCGAGCUGCCCGGUAAUGAAGCAUCGCUUGAUGAAGCUCAGCGCUCAUCGAUUGAAGAUCGGAAUAAUUGGCCAGAUGUGGAUGGCGGACUAGAACCAACUACCUCGCGUGAGAUGCCAGCUGUCAGUAUUCCCGACGCGGAUGCGUGGGUGGAUCACGGCGAGAUCUCCUCUCUUUCUGAUCUGCCGGGCGAUAGGCGAGGGCACCGUUGUGCGGUGGAUGAUCGUCUCCGAGCACGUUUGAUAGCUGCUCUCGAGAAGGAGUCCUCGGUCAAGGAUGGCCUGCUCGCGCCCGACCAGACCAGAUUUCCUACUCCGGCAAUCUUGGAACAUUUCCUUCGACUCUUCUUCGAGCAUGUCCAUGUUAGGUUCCCCGUCAUCCACCAACCGACUUUCUCGAUCGAAACCGCUCCACCAUUUCUGCUCCUGGCCAUGAUGCUUCUGGGGUCGAGUCACUCUGUCACCAAUCGUGGGAAAUUUGUCGCAGUCUACCUCUAUCCUGUAGCAACCAUGUUUUCAAGGAUUCAAGCACUCGAUACGAGAUUUCUGCGAGAGACGGACAACAUCCUCACGUUGCUGUUCCUCUGUGUGUCGGCCGCCUGGUGCGGACACAAAUUCGCCUUUGAAUUUGCAGAAGGUGCUCGCGGAAUCCUCGUAACUGCCUGUCGCCGGUGCAGGCUGCUCGAUUGUCGGCAGAGACCACCUUCCGAUGUGGGAUCAUCGCGCUCGAUGCGGGCCAAGUUACACCAUGCAUGGCAAGCCUGGAUAAAGGCAGAGCAGCGGAAGCGCCUCGGACUUUGUAUAAAUGUCAGUACCGCUCGUAUCUCCGCAGACAAGGACACUGACAAUGAAAGCUAUUUGACCUCCAAUUCCCGGCCCUCUUCCACAACCAGCCGUACAUCUCGAAAUCCGAAUGCGUCAACCUCGUUCUUCCAUGCCACGAGUCCUUCUGGGAGGCAAAGUCCGCCCCAGCCUGGAAGGUGCUUCUUGGCCCUGCCGAGACUCCCCCAGCAACGUACUUUAUGGUCCCCCUGGAUACGUGUCUCUUAUAUCCCGCCAUAAAGCGUGAGCCACCGUACGCCCCAAUCGACUCCUUUGGCAAGACGAUCCUCAUCUACGCCCUCUUCACGCACAUCUUCGAAUGGAGACAGGCUGUGAACAUAGUGCUGCACCCCGCAUUUAUCCGUGGCCCCGAAGGGACACGACCAGGCGAGGGACUGAUGGAACGUCAACAGUGGCUGCACGAUGGUCUCGACGCAUGGCUCACUACAUACCACCAAAACGGAACCUCGGCGCCAGACGAGGCCCUUCUUCUCCACUUCCUCGCGCAAAUCCAUCUCUACAUCAGCGUCUCCGAUCUGCAUCUCUUCGCCGGUCGCUCAGGACUAAGCGAAGACAUCAAGCUUGCCGAAGACUCUCUGCGCAGGUGGUGCCGAAGCCCAGAGUCAGCGAGCACAAUGCAAAACGUCUACAAGAUGCUGGACCUCGCCUUUCAGAUCAUCGAUCGUGGCGAUGAUCACCAGUGUGGGUUCGAGAUCUCGGUUGCCCUGUUUACCGGCGGGCUGAUGUGUUGGAUGUAUGCGAAAUUGGGUGGGCAGGUUCCCGUUGGAUUUCAGAUCAAUCUGGCAAGCGACGCUCUGGAAAAGCUGAGUUGCUGGGGGAUCUGUUCCAACUUUGCGCAGAUUCUCAAGCGGUUUGGCGAGUAGAGAAUGUGCUCUGGGAAAUCUAUUCUCAAAAUUGAAAGAGAUGGUUUAGUGCGGCGUGCCUACGAUAAAUGUGCAACGCACAGGGAUAUUACUGCCUCGGCUUUGAAGGGCACACAAUAACACCACUGAUAAUUGGGACGUAUCAUAGGUAUUCUCUUCUUCAGGUCUAUACCUCAUACCGCAAGAUAUCGGGUCACUUCUGUCAAAUUCCCCAGGCAGCAAGCGGUGCUACUUGAGAUACCCAAAGAACUUCAGAUCUCAUACGCUAAUUUACGAAUCGAGUGGUGGUCAGAGGAGGUCUUUCUCGCAUCACACCCCUGGCAGCAGGGCUUAUUCGCUUCCAUAAGUUAGGACUGGAAGCCUUCCCCAAACAGCUCGCUGCAAAGGUGCCAACAAUGCGAAUGGCUCUGAUCGUUCGUGUCUUGACAACCACCGUAGGCACGACGACCUGAACCCCAUAGCCCCGGUUUCUCCAGUCCUAUUUCGGACUAGACGACCUGAAUGUGAACCAGCACACCCACGAUAUUACCCAACAUCCGCUCAUAUUCAAUCUUCUGUUACUGCGACAGGACCGGUGCGAAUAUGUUGCGCGCAGAUCAAUGAACUCUACCUAGCCCACACGCCGGAGUCCCCCGAGAAUUUGAGCCAGAAUAUCGCAUCGUGAGACGAUGCGAUCACGCCGCCCAUUAAAAGCAGCGUAGAUCAAAAGUCUUGCGUCACCCGCGGUGGCGGUAUAUCUGUUCCCGCGCGUGCAGUGGCUCGCGGAGAAGACUCGGUCGUAUUGGAUUGGAUAUGUCGCGACUUCAGAUGGCUGCGUGCAAUUUCUAUUGUGGCUUCGGCUAGGGAGUCAUGGUGAAGAAUUGUCGACGGCGUGUCGCGAUUGGCGAGAUGAACAAAUGCAGCAGACUCUCUCACCUUUCUAGAUCUGACAUCUCCUGAAAUCCAGUAGUUCUACUUUACCAUCUAUAUCUUCCUGUAUCUGCCGGGGAGCUGACUGCCAACCCCGCCUUGGCAUCGGUGAAGAAGCCAUAGUCACUGUAAGCAUUCGAACCGUCCUUGUUGCCGUAAUCUGUGUCCCCCAGUCUCACACUGAUGACGACCGGGCGUGCCACGAGGGAGCAAUCCGGCUAGUCCCUCUAGUAUUGGUAAGGAGGCUAUAAAUCCGAGGCUUGACACUUUUACAAUCUAGUACGUAUAGCAUACAACUCCUAUGCCCUCAAUCUAAUCUCCGCCGCCUCCACCUCCCUCCUCAUCCGUCCCUACCUCGGACUCCACAUGCCUAAGGCCUCCACAAAAGAUGCGGGUUCCCAUCGGGAUCAUCCACAUUCUCCGCAUUCGGAAUCGUCUUCUCAACCCCCUCCACCCUCAACCCACCCAGAUCAUCCGCGAGCGCGCGGUCCCGGUCCGGAAACUCGCCCUUGUUAUACCCCCGAAGACACAGGUACUCAACCUCCCCACCCAAGAAACUGGAGAAGCUCCUUUGGCCAUCGCGGACGCGCUCCAUCGCCGUGGGGACGUCGACGCCCCAGGCGAGGUAGAAGAAGAGGCCGACGCCGAUGCUGAGGCGUUUCAAUUUCACAAAGUCAACGAGGGCGCCGCGCUGGCGCCGAAAGUCCGCGGGGACGGACCGGUCGGGCCCGUCGUCGUACAUAGUCUCUUCGCUGUCGAAUGCGUCGCGGGCGUCGGCGGCGGGGAUCUGCGGGUCGAAGUGGUAGAUGUACGAGUCGACGUCGAGAUCCAGGUGCUCGAGCGUCUCCCUGUGGUAGAGCAGGGCGCGGAUCAGAGUCUUGGGGUUGAAUGCCGGGUACCCGCCA